AUGACAGGUCUCACUGGGAUGAAGACUAGACUGGAAGGGCGUAGUGAAACGUGCCACGAGAGUCGGGCUACUGUUCCUGGUGUACCUCUCAACCCCAAGCCAUUCCUUCAUGGCCUGAUUGGGAAGACAGUGAUUGUAAAACUCAAGUGGGGACACGAAUAUCAAGGUGUCCUCGUCUCCGUUGACGGAUACAUGAAUUUACAGUGGAAGACCCUGAAUGUCGUGAGCAUGCUGUCUUUGUUUUGCCGAUGGGUGAUCCCGCCUUCUGGCACUCGAAGGAACGGGAGUGAAGGACCCACUAAGGCCAAGCAGAGCACGAGUAUUCUAUUGGAGAAAGUAGAGGAAUAUAUUGAUGGAGCUGCAACUGGGACUCUUGGUGAAGUGUUCAUUCGUUGCAACAAUGUGCUCUACAUCCGCGCUGCAGUGACUACCGAAGAGAGAGAAGAAGGUGAAAUGGUUGCAUGAAUCCGGAAUGCCUGCAUCUGUGCGUAUGAAAACACUCAUGGAGUACCUGUGAGUAUGCCUGAGUGCUUCAUGUGCUUGUGAGCGACUGACCAUCUGAAGGAGGUUUUCACAAGAGCCCAGGUGUGAUCUCAGAUCUUUUGUUUGCUGUGUAUGUUUCAUCCUCAUUCUCUCUGCCAUGAAAAUAGAAGAUACCUGGGUU